AUGUCCGUCGAAAUGGGACAUGAAGAAACAGAAUGCCCGUAUGUGGUAAGCAAUACGAUCUCGCUCCAGUUGGACGCAUCACACAAUCACCAGACUGUGGAGGCCAAAAUCAUCCGUGUCUUCGAGCCAUCCACUCUGCCCUGUGUCAUGCUCGUUUCGCUUGACCCGCCAGUUUUGGGACUAAACGACCAAAUGGGUGAAGCGUGGGUGCACUGCCGUAUGCAGGAUUUCUACAACAGAGAAACUGAAGUGUACCAUAUCCUGAGAGAUACCCAGGGAAAAGAUAUCCCCCAACUUUUCGCAAGCGUCAACAUACCCGGCUCCCUGCCCUUGCAUUUUACCGAUGUCCCAGGGAUUCUUGUUGAGUAUAUCGACAGGUUUGAAUUGUAUGCUCUCGAGGAGAAUUCUCCAACACAGAUUUGGCAGUCCGUGUGCGAAGAUGCUAUUCGAAAUGUCCACCACUUUGGUGAUAGAGGAAUUCUGAAUCAGGAUGUCCACGUACGUCAUUUUAUUGCGCAGAGAGGUCCAGCAGGGACAUCCAAGCUGUUUAUGAUUGAUUUCGUGAUGUGUCGUUUCCGCAGGGAGUAUAAGGAUGAGUACUAUUAUUGGAGGGAAUGGAAGUCUCACCAGGAUGAAGAGGGGGCAAUUGGAUAUGUUAUGCAGAGGAUGUUGGAGGGAGGAUAUGCUUACCACCGGUCUGCGUACUAUAAACAGCUGGACUAUGAGUUCAAAAUGGGCGACUAG